AUGCCCGGUGCCUCUCUCUGGAUUAUUCCGCCCAAGGACAGCUCUUUCUCCCAAGCUCUCCAAACCCUCAUCUCCACAACCAUACCCCCUCACUUCCCAAACACAAAGACCCACGACUUCAUCCCGCAUGUCACCAUAACCUCAAACAUCGACCAGUCUCUAUAUGGCACUGACCCUCAAGCCUGGCUGUCAAGCUUGCAUCUGCCUUCUGGAGACCAGCACGACCCUGUCUUUGUAACGCUAGAUGUGCUGGAAGCUGGUGAUGCCUUUGUCAAGAAGUUGACUUUGAGGGCCGGCAAGACUGCUCAAUUGUCCGACGUCGAGAAACUUGUCUCUGAGAUACAGGAGGACUGUCGUAAGGCUGGACGCAGCGUUGAAGCUCAUGAUGAUGGUACCGUUGCCAAUGGUGGCAGCAUCGUCUUGGUUGAUACGAGCAAGCCUAUCGAUCAAUGGAAGUCUAUCGCCACAAGAGCCUUGCCCUACAUUCGAUGGGAGUGGCCAUGGUCAAAGUCAAGAUUUGAUGAUUAA